CCACCUUCACUCCCCCAUCGCCCUCCUCUUCUAUAAAUGCAGCUCUCCUCCCUCCCUCCCUCCUCACCUUUCUCCUCUUUACUCGUAAAGACUCUUUUUAAGAACCAAAUCUUCUUUCUUUAAGAAUCUAGCCAUUCUCCAUUGCUGGGAAAUGAAGCAUCUUGCUUUAAUCCUCAUCUUUGUUCUGUCAAUCCUCAGAGCUGUUCAUGGAGGAGGAGAAGAAGGAUGGAUAAGUGCUCAUGCUACCUUCUAUGGAGGUGGCGAUGCAUCGGGUACCAUGGGAGGGGCUUGUGGAUAUGGAAAUCUUUACAGCCAGGGCUAUGGGACGAACACUGCAGCUCUGAGCACUGCGUUGUUUAACAAUGGACUGAGCUGUGGAUCAUGCUAUGAGAUUAUGUGUGCUAAUGAAAGGCAAUGGUGUCUUCCUGGUACUAUUGUGGUUACUGCAACCAACUUAUGCCCGCCAAACUAUGCUCUUCCGUACACUAAUGGCGGGCGGGGGUCGCCCCUCAUGCGGCUUCCAUUGGAGCAUUUUGAUCUCUCUGAACCAGUUUUUCUUCGUAUUGCUCAGUAUAAGGCCGGAAUUGUUCCAGUUCAGUAUAGAAGGGUGCCCUGUGUUAAGAAGGGAGGCGUCCGGUUCACCAUCAACGGCCACUCCUACUUCAACCUUGUUCUCAUUACCAACGUCGCCGGCGCCGGCGACGUGGUGGCUGUCUCCAUCAAGGGCUCUAAAACCGGAUGGCAGCCGAUGAGCCGAAACUGGGGUCAAAACUGGCAGAGCAACAGCAACCUCAACGGCCAAUCCCUGUCCUUCAAGGUCACCACAAGCGAUGGCCGGUGUGUUACAUCCAUGGACGUCAUCCCUUCCUCCUGGAGCUUCGGCCAAACUUUCUCCGGCGGCCAGUUCUGAGAAAAUAAAUUUCAUCACUUUCAAUCUAACUCUACCAUUACUGAUAUUAGUAAGCUUCUCCGUGUCAUGUUGAUUGCUGCUUUGAAAUGGCAAUCAAUGGCGUUUAAUUAUCUUACUACUAAGUUGUUGCUGAUCUUCUUCUCUCCUUUUUGCCUUAAAUAUUGUGGCAGAGGAGGGCGCCGCAUAAUAGUGGUGCAAAGGAGGCAUUUUUAUUGGAUUUUGAUUUUAAUGGAGUGGUGGUGAGGAUUGGAAUGGCUGAGGUGAACAUGGCUGAGCUUGUCGCCCGCCCAUUAAAUCCAACUACUUUAAUUUAUAUGUAGAGGGUAUUUGUGAUGUAAUCUGCUUUUAU